UAAAAAUUCACGACUAGUUAAUUUCGCGGUUAACACAUGGAAAUGAAUUUUUCAUGAAUAAAUAAACGAUUCCCCUCUACAUGCGCCUUACACUAAUGUAGCCUAUAAAAACCUUUGCGGUCACUGUAAUAUUUGACCAAUUAUUUUUGAUAAAGCAAAACAAAAUUGAGAGAAAAAUUUUUAAAUUGAAAAAAGUAGGAGAAAUUUUUGUAGAAAAAAAUAUCAAAACAAACAAUAUGAUUGCGAAAAGAAAGUCCAUGAUAUUACCGAUUUUAGCAGUCAUGCUGAUUAUUUAUUUGCAAACAGCACAAGGAGUUUCUUAUUCUUCCGAAGAAGACUCUUCUGAGUCGUCAUCUUCAUCUACAUCUUCUAGUGAUUCAGAAAGUUCUAGUUCAGAAACAGAAGAAUCAUCUGAAAGUAGUUCAAUUACAGAAGAAUCUAAUGAAAAUAGAAAACAAUUUUUUAGAAGAUUUGUUCCAGAACGAUUUCGACGACAACCUUAUCCAAGUGAGAAAUUAGAAGAAUUUCCAUUCGAACUGCAGCCAUCACAGAACGAACCUCAUAAUGGAGGAUAUAAUAUCGUAGGAGAAAUGCAUGACCUAAACCCACUUGGAUCUUUAGUAUCGGUUCAGGAUCAUGACUUGAAUGUAAACUAAACAUAUUUAUAGGCGCUCCCGGAUUAAGUCUAAAACAAGUCUAGUACUGAGUCGACCAAUCUGAGAUUGAGUGCCAGUCUGGGCCAAACUUAGGUUUCCAAAAUUUGUAAAAUAAAGAAAUAAAAUUAUUUAAUUAAUUAUUA